CUCCACCAUGGGCAAUCGACUGGGUCGCAAAGAAGACGGAGACGGGGACUGGGGGAGGUAUGCCUCGUCACCGUACGCGCCCCCCCCUGCUGGUGCCACCCUGGCCGCCGACCGACCGCCACCAUCGCGGCUUGGCAAAGGCCUCCUCAACGAGUCCGAGAACAACUGCUUUGCCAAUGUCAUCAUCCAGAGCCUCUUCCAUAUGCGCAUCUUCCGCGAGGCUGUUAUCGCUGCGCCAGAUGAUGCCCAUGGCCACUCAUUUGCUCCGCAGAUCGGAACCUGUCUCUCCGACUCGGACGACGACGCCGACGGCAACGACGGCAAUGACAGCAACGCCAACGUUCGUCGCUCUCCCUCGGCCUCGCCUACUCCCCCGGCCGAGCCGGAAGUCUGCCUGCUCUGUGCCUUGCAAGAGAUGUUUGGCGCGUACGAGACAAUGGCGAUCGCGGGGAGCCUCGACCCGGUGGCGGUCCGACUGGCGCUGGCUCAGAUCGGCGCGCCGAGCGCCCGCUUUGGCAUGCUGGACAUGGCUGACGCCACUGAGGCGUUGGACUCGAUUUUGGGGUGGAUGCAUGAAGCGUGCGUGUCAAGUGCCGAUGCUGUCUGCUUGCCGCCCUGCAUCGCCCACGAAGUCUUUGGCAUGGAGCUGUGCGAGCGGGUCGAGUGCGGGUGCGGCGCCACGUCCGAGCCGCUGCCGUACUCGGCCUUUGCGCACCGGGUGUUUGUGCCCGAGUUGUUGGCGGCGGAUCCGGAGCUUGCGCUGGAUGCUCGGCUCGCGCACGCGUACGACGAACAGGGUUCGGCGCGCCGAUGCCCCGGCGCAGUUCCAUGCGCCCGGGCGCCGGUGCUCCAGCUCUUUCUGCAGCGCGAGCCGAAGGUCUUUUCGCUUGUCCUCGACUGGCAUCCAGAGCCGAGCAAGAACGACAUCUCUCGCGCACUUGACUCGAUCGACGAGAAGCUUAACCUGCGCAAUGUGUUCUACGGCGUGCCGCGGUCGUCGCGCUACGAGCUGGGCGGCAUGAUCUGCUUCUACGGGCGCCAUUACGUGUGCUUCCACAAGUCGUCUGACUCGGCCGAGCCGCAGGCCUGGAUGUACUUUGACGAUGAGCGGGUCCGCAAAGUCGGCGACUCGUGGGCCGAUGUUGUCGCUAUGUGCAAGUCUGGCCGGCUCCAGCCGACGGUUGUCUUUUACGAGACUCCGCACCCAGUCCCGCGAUCGCUGCUGCCGACAGACACUUCGGAUGCCCUGCUCCGCGAGUUUGUGGCUGCCGACUGUGCUGCAGACUUUUCACUCGACGAGCUCCGCAAGCUGCAGCAGUACGAGAUGGCGCAGUACGCCUCGAGCCGCAAACCGCGCCUCCCGCCGUCACAUCUGGCUCCCACCGGCGAGCCCACCACGGUCGAGCGCGACUUUGUCUUUGGCCCGCGCGACUUUGCCCAACUUCCGGCGCAGCGGUGCUUUGAUGCCUGCGGCGAUCGGUGGGCUGUCGGUGUCGUCGAGGAUCAGAGCGUGGCUCCGGGCUACCUCGGCCUCACCCUCGCCCGCCUCACCCAGGGUCCAGCCUCGUCACCCUGGGUGAACGUCGAUGCCCACCUCCGUCUCGUUCUCCAUCCGUUCGAGCUCGGCUCCUCUGCCACAGAUCUCAUCAUGGCCCCGGGUACGCAGUGGCGCGAUCCUUGGUUCUGCUGUCCGCGUCGCCGCGCAGAGUACGUCUCCAACUCGCGCCUCUCGCUCACCGUAGCGCUCUCGAAGCUUGGCUUAGCGAUGCGGUCGAGAAGCUCUAACCCGAACGGGGCUUCGGGCAUGUCGCGAACGGGACGGCCGUCGCGUCCGGCGUCGCGGCCUCCGCUGGCAAUGUCGACGUCAUCGUCGCGGUCAUCGGCGUCGCGGCCUCCAUCGCGGCCGCCGCGCUUCCAGUUUGAGGCCAUCGUGCCAUCGAGCCACAUGGGCGUGGCUCGCGACUCUGAGCUGACCUCGUUUGGCAUGCUCGACUUUCUCAAGACUACUCCCGGCUCGUGCGGCUCGUCCCCGAGCAACUCGGUGGCGUCGACGCCGCGGACGCCGGCCGCAUCGACACCGCGGGCGAUGGAGGUGCAGGCCAACGUGACGCCACGGACGCCGAACGAGCCUGUGCCGAUGAGGUCGGCAUCGUCAGGCCCGCCGUCGUCGCCGCAGGGUGGCUCGCGCGCCCGUCCGCUCAGCACCGCGCGGAUGCGCCGGUCGCGGUCGCGGUCUUCGAUCUCGCCAGUCACGGCCGGUGACGAGACGAGCAUGCAGCCGACGCAGAUUUUCCAGAUCUCGUACAGCAACGGCAGUGGCAGCGGCAGGGCUGCUGCUGCUACCGCUGCCGGCGAGGAUGCAACGUCGCUGGCGUUGCGACACCCCUGCGGGCUCUCGGUCCUUCUUCCGCACGAGAUCGAUGGCGAGGCUGUGGCCCCACAAGUGGUGCGGUCGGCGACGAUGCCGACGACCACGCCGCUCUUCUCACCGAGCUCGCGGUUUGCACCGUACUCGCGCGGAGGACGGCGGCGAGCCAAGGAACGCAAGCGCCAGAACAAGGUUGCGGCAAUGGCUGCCGAGGCGUCAUCGGCGUCGUCGGCUGCCGCUGCCGCUGCCGCUGCGGCGGCGCCCCGGUCCAACACCACCGAGUUUGCGUCCAAGUUUACGCGGCCGGUCUCCUCGCUUGGCCUUCCGUAUGCCGAUGGAGCCGGCGAGUCAGGUGACCCGGUCAGCCGAUCUGCGCGAGCGACGCCGACUUGCGGGAUGCGCGACGAGUUCUCGCUCCUUCGGCUUGGCUCGCGGUCGAUCUCGGACUUGGGUUCGGGCUCGACGCUGAGCGAGGAGCUUGUGGCGAGCAUGCCCUCGUUCGACGCAGUUAGUUUGGAGACGCCUCGGGUGACCAUGUCGAUGUUUGAGGAGGACGAGGCCGAGCUGCUGCAGCAGCUGGCGGCACCGUCGGACCGCAGCGCAGAGACGGCGGUGGCGGCGCCGGUCAUGCCGCGCGAUUGGUCGAUCAAGUCAUCACUCCGGUUCACCUCGACAUCGAGCUUUGACUGGGCCGAGCCGCUCUCUGCUGACGCACUCGCCGCCGGAACGAUCGGCUUUGCGCGGAGCGAGCUGCCCGCCGUUACGCCAGGCGAGGAGCCCGCGGCCGGAGUCGAGGCCAACCUUGCGGCUGCGCUGCUGUACUGGCGGUAUCCCGAGUCGGACGUGCCCAGCGAUCUUGUGACGCUUGGCACGUUUGCGUCGGACAAGGCACCGGCGCUGCGAUCUGGCGACGAGAAGGCGCUGGCCGACUUUUUCGCGCUCCGGCGCGAGGCAUGGCGCAGCGCACUGCUCUCGCUCUACGCGCUCUUCAAGCGCGGCGCCGUGCCGUACUUUUACUUUGAGACGGCAGAGCGGACCAUCCUGUUUCGCCCGGGCGGCGCGGUGGUCUCGUCGUCGACGACUGGCUUCCGGGCUCUCCUCACCCAGGCCGAUGUGCCGUUCCAUUCUCCGCUGCCCGUCGCGGCGGGCGCGGAGAGCGUCCACCCUCUUGUCGAGGACGAGACGCCGACGUCGGCGCUAGUCGUCGAGUCCAAGGCCGGCGUCCAUGCCCUCUUUAACUUUCUGCUCAACUACAAGAGGCGUCGCCGCCCGCUGACCGUCCCGGUCCUCCUCGCUCCGGGCCCUUUCCUCAAUGCGUCGAUGAAGUCGCUGCACGUGGCGAACAACGGGGUGAUCAAGCGGGCCAAGGCCCACGAGUCGGGCGUCGAGGCUCUGUAUUGUCUCGACAUCGGUGGGCCCAUCCUUCCCACUGCUCUCACCGCCAUCUUGCACCUCUUUGCCCACACUCAGGGUGCAGACUAUGAGGCCGCACUGCGGACCGCACCCAACACCCUUGCCAUGAACGGCGGCCUCGCGCCCGGCAACGGCGACGGCGACAGCCACGCCGAUGGCAGCGGCCCAACGCUUCGCUCAACCGUCGCCCGCCACGUCUUCUUUGAGACUGGCUCGGGCUUCCACGUCCAGUGCUCGCCGUAUGGGUAG